AUGAAUAGACGGAAAAUCGAGAAAGAGGAUGCGCUUCCUGGUGUUUUCGAAGAGGUUGAGAGCACCUUGAAAGUCGAUCCAACAGUUCGAGACUACUCAGGAGCUCACGAGAAGCUAGACCCGCGCGAGAUCGCAUUAGUGCGCAAGCUUGACUGGUGGAUCAUGCCAAUUUUGUGGUUGAUGUACUGGUUGAACUAUUUGGACCGCAACGCGAUCGCCCUUGCCCGACUCAAUACCCUCGAAGAAGACCUCAACCUCACCCCGACGCAAUACCAGACUUGCGUCGCGAUCCUAUUUGCCGGAUAUGUCAUAGUUGGGAUCCCUGCGAACAUGGUUGUGACGCGAGUCCGCCCCAGUUGGUGGAUGGCUUCAUGCAUGGCUGUGUGGGCGAUCAUCAGCGGCCUCACGGCUGUGAGCAAAGACUACACUGGGUUGCUGUUGACCAGGUUCUUCCUUGGAAUCACGGAAGCCCCUUAUUACCCUGGUGCCCUAUACGUUCUUGCGACGUUUUACACACGAAAAGAGCUUGCUACGAGGAUAUCGAUCCUCUAUACGGGCAAUAUUUUAGCAACUGCAUUUGCGGGUCUUAUUGCGCUGGGAAUCUUCCAGAUGCAUGGAAUGGCUGGAAUAUCCGGUUGGAGAUGGCUUUUCAUCAUUCAAGGCGUAGUGACGCUCAUCAUCGCCAUCAUUGCCUUAUUCAUCCUGCCGGAUGAACCUCUGACCACGCGAUGGCUCACGCCCGAAGAAAGAAUCUUAGCAAAUGAGAGGAUUCUGCGCGAUACCGUUGGCAACACCGGACAGACCACGACUUGGAGUGGCCUUCUCGAGGCGGCCAAGGACCCGAAAGUGUGGCUCUUCACAGCCAUGCAACAUUUCCACCUGGGCGCGAAUGGUUUUAAGAACUUCUUCCCUACCGCCGUUGAGACUCUGGGGUUCAGCGAGACUGUCACGCUUGUUCUGACAUGUCCUCCCUAUCUCAUUGCCGGUAUCAUUUCAAUUGCAUGGUCGUGGUCCUCUGGAAAAUUCAACGAGCGAACCUGGCACAUCACCAUUGCCAAGGCGAUUGCGGUCUUCGGAUUCAUUCUUGGAUGUGCCACCUUGAAUACAGGCGCGCGUUAUUUUGCGAUGUGCGUCUUCUCUAUCGGAACGUACGCCGUCAAUAGUAUUAUACUCGGGUGGGUAUCUGCGACAUGUUCUCAGACCAAAGAGAAGAAAGCGUCCUCGUUGGCCAUUGUGAACUGCAUUGCCGUCAGCUCGUUUAUCUGGACGCCUUACAUGUGGCCCAAGUCUGACGAACCCCGAUACACCAUGGCGAUGUCGACGAGCGCAGCUCUGAGUGUCGCGACGGCUGCGGGUGCGUGGGCGAUGCGAUUUUGGUUGAUGUCAGAGAACAAGAAGAUUCGGCGGUCGGAAAACGAAAACGUCUUAUUCUACGCUUACUGA